AUGGCUUUGUCCGCAGAAGAGAAGGUCCAGGUGGUCAAUAACCUAAUCACACAGGCUCCUCCUGGAGAAUUUAUUGAUGUUUUCAAUGACUUGCGUGUUUUACUGAACAAUGAUGACCUCAUGCGAGAACAAAUAGCAAUAUCCUUUGUGAAGUACAACCUGGAGUCCUUUACUCCGGUUUCAAUCCCUGGGCACGGACAGGUUUUGGUAACCUGCCAUGGAGAUCUAGGGCAAGGACGUUUUCUAGAUCCCAGCAGAAAUAUUUCCUUUAAGUUUGACCACUUGCUGAAAGAAGCUACCGAUCCUCAACUACACGAUGUCGACAGCAAGGCGGAGCCCUGGAGGGCUGCCAUGGAAACGGCCUUGAAGUGGUACACCGCUCAACAUUUCAGCACGGGCGUCUGCACCGUGUACGAGAAAACCAUCCACAACCAGCAGAUCAUCAUUGGCUGCAUGGAGGCCCACCAAUACAACCCUUCCAAUUUCUGUAAUGGAUCCUGGAAAGCAGAGUGGAAAUUCACUGUCUCGUCUCCCAUUACACAGCUGACAGGCACCGUCAAGGUCCAGGGCCAUUAUUUCGAGGACGCAUCUGUUCACAUGUCCACGGUCAAGGAGGUGGAAGAGACACUCUACCUGACUGACCCAGUGCAAGGGGCCAAAGAGUUUGUGAGCAUCGUGGAGAGAGCAGAGGCAGAACUUCACAAGACCCUGAUGGAAGACUAUGCUUCUCUGUCUGAUACUGCACUCAAGGCUCUACGACGGGCCCUGCCAAUCACACGCACCAAAUUGGACUGGGAUAAAAUGGGCAGCUACAAAGUUAUACCAGCACCUUCCAAUUAA